UCCCCCCGCCCCUUAAAUUCUUCUGGCUGACCAAAUUAAGACCACCCCACUAACUCCCUUCAAGAAAACCCUUCCCCUCUCGUCCUCUUCUUUUCAAACUUCAACCCAAGAGUCUUCUCCUCCUCCUCCGCUGCGGCCGUCGUCAUCGUUGACGGCCGCCGCCCCUGCUCCCUUGAUCGGUGGAGCAGAGGGCCCAGGAUUCUUCAUCUUUCCUUCUCUCCAAUCAUUGACUUUUUUUUUUUCCGAAAAAAAGAAUGAAGAAGAACGUCGGGAAGCACGAGAUAAUCUUCUCGUCAUCGUCGGAAAGCGAGGUGGAGGAGUAUCAAGAAGUGGUGGUGACGGAGAAACCACCGGCGACAUGGGGGAUGGCAAGCAGAAUCGCCACCGUCGGCGGGGGCGGGAGGAAGAGGCUUCUGACGAAGCAGCUGUCUAUGAGGGAGACGAGGAGGGAGGCCAAGUGGGAGAAGCGGCGGCGGCAGAUCCUCCGGAGGCGGAUGAUGGAAGGCGAAGGGGAGGAGGAGGAGUCGCCCAUCAACUCAUGCGGUGGCGGGACGCUGAGCGGGAGGGUCAGGAGCCUGACGGACGAAGACUGGGACGAGCUCAUGGGUUCCAUCGAGCUGGGGUUUGGCUUCAACGAAGAAGACGGGGGUCAUCAUCUUUGCGACACUCUGCCGGCCCUCGACCUUUACUUCGCCGUCAACCGCCAGCUUUCGGACCCCAAGCUCCGGUUCUCGCCGAGCCCGGCGUCGACUCCCACCACCACCUCCUCGGAGUCGACGCUCUGCAGCAGCCCUGGCCCGGCCAGCCCCGUCGAGCCCCACCAGCACUCCCACUCGUCCCCCAGCGAGUCUUGGAAGAUCUGCAACCCGGGAGACAAUCCUCAGCAUGUGAAGACGAGGCUGAGGCACUGGGCACAGGCCGUGGCUUGUUCCGUGAGGCAAUGCUGCUAAGUUUCCAAACAGAGACGAGUUGGUUUUUUUUUAGGAGAGAGGGAGGAAGAAGAGGAGGAGAAAGGAGAGGCGGGCCAUUUGUUUGAUCUCAUAAUGUGAACCAUCUAUUGUACAUAUCCUGACUUCUUCUUCUCCUCCUCCUCCGUCUACCACUUACCACUUGGUCUCAACUCUCUUGUCUCAACUACGUACAUUUACUUCAUUUCGUGCUUUCUUCUUCUUUCUUCCACCUUCAGAGUUUCUCUUCUUGGUCUUGUUCUUCUCCUUUGGGAUCAGCAACGAAACAACGGCGGGAAAGUGGAAAAAGACUUUGCCCAUGGCCGACAAGUCUUCAUGGCAGGAGAGGAGAGGAUUUCUUUUUUUGUGGCUUGGGAAUGACUGCAUGGAGAGCCACUCGUAGAGGCCGCCCACUAGGCCGCUGUCACCUCACCAAGGAAAGAUUGGACGAUCGUUUAGGAGAAAGAGAAAAAGAGAGAGAGGUGGCGUAGGAGGAGGUGGUGGUGUUGGCUUCUAUCAGGCAGUCAAAUGGUCGGUUGUUGCGGUCCCGCAGCAACAGCAACAGUAAUGGGUGAGAGGACGGGCGCUAAGAUCAAUGUAGUAAAUUUGUUUUAAUUUGAUGAGGGGGACAAAUAGUUGUUGGGGUGUUAUUUUUCUUUCUCAUUCUAAAUGUUACUGAACUCAUUUCUUAGAACUAAUGCAGUUUAUAUUCUUAAUAUUAUAUUGUUACUGUUUACCAUGU